CCGGAGUGACUCAUCUCAACUUGACUUAGACACCGGAAGUAAACGCGCCACACCCACCGAACAACGGCUCGCCACAUGAUCGUACAGGUCUAUAACUGCACCGCGCACGGCCGUUACAGCCGUUACAGCCGUUAUAACGGCCGUGGCGCUCUUUUCAGUUCUGCCGUUCCGCCAAAUCUGCCGUUAAGUUGAACUAAUUUACACUCAGGCUUCUCACGCGCCACCCCAAAAAAGGUCUGGUAACCGUUGGUUACGCCUGAAAAAACGUGUCUGUUAAAGUGAUUAUAAAUGUGACAAUUAAUUAAGUCACUUCACAUUAAUAUUAUUAUUAUUAUUGUUGUUGUUGUUGUUGCCAUGUUGAGUUUUUUUCGUUUCUGACGUCGUCUUGGAGCAUGCUUCAUCCUGAUUGGCUGUUUUGUUUUGUUUGUUUUUUAACGUACAGAAAUGAGCUCUGAGGUGUGCCCAUUCUGCGGGAAAACUUACAAAAGGUUAAAGAGUCACCUGCCACAUUGCAAAGCAGCAGCGAGCUCCGAAACGCCUCCGACCAAACGUGAUGUCACAGCGAAUCAGACAUCAUCUCCUCCGCUGGCCGCAGCAUUGUCCGAGCCGACGGCGAAAGGGGUAAAGUCCUCAAAGACGCUGUCAAAGACAGACACAAAGAAGGGUAAAAAAGUGUCUCCAGCAACACCUUUACAGAAUGCAGCUACGUCAUCUUCAUCACAGACUUUGUCCCCAAGUGGAUCACUUCCACCAUCAACCAAGAAAAAGAAACCGAAGCUGUCUGAACAAAUCAAGACAGCCACCAUGCCUCUAAUCUCCACCCAGUCUCCCAUCUCUAAUCCCAAAAAGAAGAGUCUGCGUGCUUUGAUAGAAGCUGCAAAGUCCAAACAGGUUUCUCAGGGAUCGCUGGAGGGAACAAGAUCCACUUCAGAGGACCUGCCUUCAGGUUUAACUCCAUUUGUGGCAGAUCCUCUAAGCUCCAGAACCGCAGCACAAACAGAGAUUAAAACUAAUCUAGACAAAAACUUGGUAAAAGACAACGCCCAUCCUGUCUUUGUGCCCACGGAUACCAAACCCAAAGGUGCCGUUAAAAUGAAAGUGCCAAAGACGAAGAAGGCGGCACAAACCCUUUCCACAGCCAAAGACACCUCUAGCCCUCUGGCGUCUGAAUUAAAUAACACAAGUCCCUGUUUAAAAGAGGACUUCUUGGUGGAUGACCACAUGGAAAUUGAGGAUAUAUCUCUGAAUAAGUCGUUCUUGACAUCAGAAGGUGGUCACCAGACUAGGAUUACCCUCCAGGAUGUCAAAGCCACGUUAGGCCGGGCUAAAACCAGGCCAAGCAUCCUAAACCAGAUUCAAACUACUCACGAUCUAAGCAGCAAAAUCAGACCCGGUACUCAUCUCGGUCUAGUUUCACUCCCAACAGGGAAUCAAGACGUUGAUAGCUGCUUGGUGAAAACUAAAUCUCUGUCAAAGCAGCCGCCCAGCAGCAGUUCACAACAUGCAGAGCUAGGAUCAGUUAAGAGAAAAAGUUCUAAGUCUUUAAUCCCCCUACGACAUGACGGCUCCCCUCAGCCUGAACUAACUUCCCUAGCGACUCCCGUCAUUUCUGGCCAUCUAUUGUCCCAGGUGAGCCAAGCCCAGUCCCUUCCACAUACAGUCAGCAUGAAUGAGGGGCUGAAGGUGGGCCAUCACAUGACAAGACUACCCCAGAUAUCACCGUCACUCCACCAGCUUUCCAGCACCAACCUUUUCCUUCUUGCACCGCAAACUCUGCCAGCGAGGGUGGAGACGCUGAGAGCUGACGAUGGGGUGAGGAUGGAGAACUCGCAGCUCGUGAUCAUGAAACAAAAUUCUGCUGAAGAUGGAACUAAAGGCGUUCUGACACGGAGGAGUCUCGGACAGGUGAGACUGAAGGAGUUACCCGAGUGGCUGGCCUGCAAAACUCCCACCCAUCCGAGAGAUGUCGUGGAAAUGGUGCAAAGAGGCUGGCAGUGGUAUUACAAGAAGUAUAUUGAUGUGAAGAAAGGAGGCGUGGGUGGACUGAGCAUGUUGGUAGCAGGAUACUGUGUGCUCGGCUACAUCUGGAGUUACCCUCAUAUAAAGCGUGAUCGCUGGAGGAAACACCACUGAGGCCAAAGGAAGAUGUUUGGACACGUGUGACAGAUUAGGAAAAGGGAGACUUCAGGACUUGCAGGCAUCUUUCCUGUUAAUAAUAUCUAAUGAAUCCAGAUGUAAACGUUUCCACAGGAGUGGCCUGUCCUGUCCUUCUGUUUUCAUCUACCAGGGAGCAAACAAGUCAACGUCUAACUCAUUUAGAGUUAGAUGAAAGAUCGAUACACUCACUUACAGGUCGCCUUUCAUCGAGAGGAGUUAAAUCUGGAGUAACUGGACUUGUUGGUAGAUCUUUAAAGAUGUUAUAUUGUGUCCAGUCAUCUCAGAUUGAACCUCUAAAAGCUCACGAAUCAACGCGUUACGUCUCAGUCGUUUUAUCCACACUUUAAAAGUGUGGAAACGCCGAUCUGGCAUUUUACUGGUGUACUAUGUCAGAAACUAUUUCUUGGCUCUGAGCAGUUGCCAGGCAACCAGCUGAGACUCCGGGAAGUUUCCGGCUGCAGUAUCGAAACAGAUUAAACAACCUAUAAGCUGUAAAGUGAGCUGGUGGGCGGAUGGAUGUUACCAGAUGAGAGUAUGAUAUCGAUCAUCAAUGGAUGAGCCAAUUUCCCAAAACUAUUCCUUUAACCGGAAGAGCUGUGAUUCUGAUACCAGCGAUUUAUUCCUGACUGAUGAACUCAGAGGGAAUCUAAAAUCAAAGUGCCUUGUAUAGAUUGCCUUCUUUUAUUUGUAAGUUAAGUAAGUUAUCUCUGUUUAUCUUUUCUUAGUGUGCCUUGUGUCACAUUUGAAGUUUUUUCUGUGUCCCAGGGGCUCCACUAGGUGUCAUUGUUGUGUCAUGCUAAACCAAAAACCAAACCAGGCUGGGGCCGCUUGAAUGUUUGCUAUGCAGAGUUUUCUUAGCUCCUUUGUGCAGAGGCAUUGGUGCCGGGGUCCAUGAGAAGGGAUUAACCAACUGAUUUUUUAUUUUUUUUUAAACUUGAUAAAAAUCUUAACGCCGGCCGCCCUAGACGGCAGAGAAACACGAAAUGCAAAAUGUCCUGACAUGAGUAUCCGCAGAAAAGAUCAUAUCUGUGUAGCAGAGGGUCACAAAUCUGUUUUUCUUUUGCAACGCUCUCCCCCUGUCACAUGAUGUUAUUAUGCAUGCUUAGCCCGUCAGUGCCAGUGUGUGAACACUCACAGAAUAGUAAUGGAGGGGGGGACGCUUGAAGGAGGUUCUCAGCUGGACUGGACCAGUUUGUUAUUGUAUUCAAAAUGAAUUUAUUGUUGACUCUCCUCGCUGCUGUAGUGAACACACAUGAGCUACAAAUGAAGAAAUGACAGUAUUUUGGUAAUGAUUUCUUUUUUUGUUUGUUUCGUCCUGACACCGUUUCUUAGCCAACACAAUAAAAAAUAAUUUUCUCACA